UCACAAGAGUGUGAUGUCAUCUGUUCUUACUCUGCAAAUUCUUGUAAGCCUGUAUAGCUGCGCUGAAGGUUUAGGAACUUCCUUCCAAGAAUCAUGCAGGAGAAACUUUCGUGGCGAUCAAGACUGCUAUUUCAAAGUAAGCGAACAAUGGGACUUCAUCAAAUUCAGGAAAUGGUUAGACAACCUCGAACCAUUGGGUAAAGUUUCUCUAGAAAUUUCUUGUUUGGAGGGAGGAUCUAUACAUAUUCCCUGGCCAAUGAGAGCUCGCAAUUUGGAAAGGGUGGUACUAAAAAACUGUCAUCUAAGAGGUUACUUCGCGGAAUACAACAUACCAUCGAGGUAUCCAGAUACGCUUUCACACAGACGUAUCGAAAAUUGUGUUACAGAAAUCAACCUUCCUGAAUGGUUCAAAAUGAUCAGGAACAUGCAAUUUGAAAAAUCCUAUACUUGUGGACAGGAAUCGGUAAAGACAUCUAUUUGGCGAAAUAAUACCUACAGAUUCAUAAAUGUUCCAAAAACCUCUGGUGCCAAAAUGCUUGAUAUUAUGUCUCAGAUCAGCGACAUUUUCAGAGAAAAGGUUCGAUCUCAAUCUUUUCAAUGUCAUUACAAAAAUCUUGAAUACCUUGAAAAUUCGAAUAAUCCGAACCUUGGAAAACAUUUUAUGGAGGAUUUAACAUUGCAUGCUUAUUACCCAAAGCUUUUGACACUAAACUUAAGUUCAAACAAAAUAUCAAAGUUGCCUGAAGAAUUAAAGAAAUGGUUCGCAAGUUUUCCCAGUUUGGAGUAUCUUGAUAUGUCUAACAAUAAAUUGAAAUCAUUUUCCUUUGAUGUUCCAAACCUAUCUAGAAGACAAAGAAGAUUACACGUGAACUUGAGGAACAACGAUAUCCACAGCCCACCAAAAAACUUUUACCAAUAUCCGUUCCGAUCUGUUCCCUUAUCUAUAGAUUUACGAGGAAAUCCAAUCCGAUAAAAUCUUACUUACAAUAAGAAAUAGGAUCGAAUAUAACUAGUUAGUAAGCCCGGUCGGCAUACAUAAUAUUUGGAGCCGAAUUAACCAAAUCAGUAGUACCUGGAAAGUGCAUAAAGUGCAUAUGACCAAGUCUCUCUGAAAGACAAGGACUUUUCGUGAAAAUCUUUCGCAUAUUUCUUGAAUCCAGUCUAUGCCCAUUGUUUUUCCAUAUCUUACAGCAGCAUUUGCUAGAAGCUCUUGUAAGAAGAAAAACAUUAUUUGAAGUUUACAUAUAGACUUGAACAACUCUUGAAACUUUAAUCACCAAUUAAUAUUUAAAUAUGUCUUUCAUUUCUUUGUUCUUUUUGUCUUUUUAAUUUAUUGCUUGUAAGUUCUGUUGCGUUUACUUUUCA